UGGCGCUCGUAUCAGUUCGUUUUGUUGUCAUCAGCCACAUUUACACUAAGUUGUUUUUAACAGGUUUUUAGUGGGUAGUUUAAUUUUGUAUUUCUCCACUUAGCUUCGACUCAGCGAGAAAAUAAUAUGCCAAGGAUGGUACGGACUGUACGCACGAAACUUCCUAACGAAUAACGCGAGUGAAAGUUACCAUUGUACGCUAACACUUAUCAUUCAGAGAAUAAUAUUUAUUAAAUGGUGAUUAACAGUGCCAUGGAGAGGAGAAUCAAGUUAAAAACAUUGAACAGCCAUAUAAUCUGCAAGAUAUGCAAGGGUUACUUGAUAGAUGCUACUACCGUUACCGAAUGUUUACAUACAUUUUGUAAGAGCUGUUUAGUGAAACAUUUAGAAGAGAAGCAUACGUGUCCAACAUGCCAAAUUGUCAUACAUCAAUCGCAUCCCCUUCAAUACAUAAGCUUUGACAGAACUAUGCAAGAUAUUGUCUAUAAACUAGUUCCUGAUCUUCAAGAAACUGAAAUUAAAAGAGAAAGAGAAUUUUAUAGAGCAAGGGGUUUACCUUGCCCGAAAGAUAUCCUACCGAAUACUGGGGAUGUCGAAGAUGAAAAAGCAACGGCUGAUACACACGCAGAAUCUGAUUAUCAUCGCACCGAUGAACAGGUCAACGUCUGUCUGGAGUGUAUAAACACAAGUUUAAAAACCCUUAAGAGACGGUUCAUCAGGUGCUCUGCCCAAGCAACCAUUACGCAUUUAAAAAAGUUUAUCGCUAAGAAAGUACUGAGUGGAAUGGAAAAGUAUCGAGACAUCGAUAUUUUAUGCAAUGAUGAACUAUUAGGUAAGGACCAUACAUUGAAAUUUGUUUAUGUGACGAGAUGGAGGUUUCGGGACCCACCUUUAAGGCUACAAUAUAGACCACGAAUAGAUAUUUAAGAAUGAUAUCUCUGUGUUCGAUACGCGAUCGAAGUCACAAAGAAUCUUGUACCUAUCUCAUACGUUUUCUAGUUCUAUCCGUGUAUUGUCUCGUCAUAGUACUUAUUUCUUAGCUUUCACGCACCAAAUGCGAAAAUAAUUUUUAACGAUGGAAGAAAGAUCGCCUCGAAAUUACCGUCUUUCUACCAUAUCGCUGUAACCAGAUUACGAUAGCUUGAGCACCGCGUAUUGUUACGAUACAAGUUCUGUCGUUCUAUACAUCCCAAACAUGUUCUAUUCCCUUUCUAUUUAGUAUUCGGGGCGUUCUUAAACUGAGUUACAUUAACUCGACCUUUUAAGAUUCGUCGCGCAUCAAUUGUAGAUUUGUAUGAAGCGUAAGUGUAAGUAGACCAAGAAAUGAGAAGCGACGCGAAGCUGUAACGACGAGAAAACAGGAAACAAGUUUUUUCGUUCGCUCGUAGUAUCGCUGAACGUAAUUCUAAAUAUUUAGUUACACUGUUAUAUAUAAUAUUCUCGUUAACGCGACACGUCACAUGGUUUGUUCGAACUUACCGCAAGGAUCUUAACGAUGAAACAAUCUUACGUACCAACAGGCAAAAUUUUAGGCUGGUGACCGUCGUAAGAUGCAGUGCCGUAAUCGAAAGUUCUAAGUAUAGAAAAAACACUUAAAACAAUGAAAGUCUCAAAAAACACCGACGAGGUCUUAUCUAGACGUUUGCAAUCGUAGACGUGCGUACAGCAGAGGCAUCUUCCGACCUUAAAAUUUCGCCAAAUUGUAACGGCUUUAUUUGUACGUAAGAAGUCGUAGUCUUACGUUAGGAUCGUUACGAUUCUUACAGUAAGUAUGCACACACCAUCACGUAUUCUUGUACGGAUACAAUUCUGCGAGUUUGUUGCUUUUUCCGUAACGCAACACGGAACAAGAUUGCCCUUCUCGUAAUCUUAAGACGUGAAUUUCUUUUUAUACAUACCCUGAGUGUAUAUAGAAUAUUUUUGACAGAAUUCCGAUAAUAUUGCGCGUAGACGCAGCUUUGUAUUAGAGGAAAGAAACAUAGGAGCGGGCGAGCGAGAGAAGCUGGGUCCGGUCACGAUCGAUUUUGGACCCUUUUAACUUUGUAUGUUUACGCAUUAUAUACAUUCUAACAUGGCGCCAAGUUUCUCUCAAUGCCGGAGAUACAAAAAAAAUUUUAUCAGAUGCGACAUAUUUUCUUGAUGGAUUUGAUAAGCAUUAUGACGCGUUGAGCGAAACGCGGGCCGAUUGUCGCUUGUAGUUUAAUGAAAUUGUUUCAGCGAACAAUGUAAAGCGAAAAACACGUGUGAUUGUAUAUAAUUAUUCUAGGGGGAAUAAAAAAAGUGAAAUGAAAUCGAUUUUAUAAAGUAGCGGCAUUUUGUGAACGCUAGGGCUUAUACGUUGUACACUAUGUGUGUAUCUCUAUAAAUUAUUAAAUAAAUAUGUUUUGUACAGUAUUGUCCCAGUUAAAACUAA